AUGCGACCUGUCCCCAGGGCUGAUUUAUUUGGGCUGCGCCACACUACUAUUUGCGAUUCGAAUCCAGCCGGAAUCCGGCAGCCAAUUGGGCAGGGGGCGGAGGCUUUGCUGCCAAAUGCGAAGGGGUGUUUGGGAACCCAGUGGUGCUCUGUUUCCAGAGGAGCGCGAGACCCGGGUGAGGACCCGAGAAACGACACGCCUUUACCCGCCCCCCGAAACCUUAAGCUCAAUAAGUUGUCAGUUCACAAAGCUCCCGGCUGCUCCAGCGAGGAAAGUCAGGUGGUGGCGGCGGGAGCUCGAGAACUGCGCAGCCUAGAAAGCCGGGUCGCCCCCCCCCCCCCCCGCCCGGCUCCCCGCCCCCUCGCCCCGCUGGUCACCAGGAGUUGGGAACUUGCCGCGGCAACGCCGGGCCAGGGCGGUCGGCACCGAGUCCCGGCGCGCGCGCGGCUGCUGCAGGCCCGGCCCGGCGGCCCCUCGCCCCGCAGCCCCGGGCCGCCCCCCGCGCACCGCCCCGGGCCGCCAGCGCGGCGCGGAGAGGUCACCGCGGUGGCAUUCCUCCCCGCGCGCUGUUUACGUGACUUAAUGUACUUCAUACGCCGCGGCUUGUUAUCUAGGCCACCCAUGACCGACGAAAGAUCUUCCCUCCCGGCUUCUCCCAAGGCCGCUUUAACCCAAAUAAAUUUGGCUAUUAAGGGCCAAGAUGCCUGACAAAAGA